ACCUCUUUUAGUUAAAAAAAAUGUAGUUUAAAUACUCCAGGAGAAUAAACAAAAAUUGUGACCUCUGGACAGGGAGAGACUUCAAGGGAGGAGAACCUAGGAGGCUUCCUGGAGGAGGUGGUGUUGGCAGUUAUCCCAGAGGCAGGGUGGAACUUGAAUCCUUUGUCAAUAGCCUGGACUCCCUGUAGGAGACUAGGCUUCUUAUUCUGAGGUUUCUUGCCCAAGUCCAGGGAGCCCUGGCUUCCUUCAGUAACCAACACUGCCAAGCUGAACCCGGGGUUUCUAAAGCCUGUGGGUACACACAAGCUGGAAUUUCAAGGUCUGGACACACUAGUUUUGUGGCUAGAUAGGCACAUUCUCAGGCACUGGGGUGUGUGCUCAGAGAAAGGGGGAAAUGUCACCUCUGCUGAGCCGAGUGACUACCCAGAUGUAAAUGAGGCCGCUUGGCACAACCAGGGCCAGAGACCACAGGCAGAGUGGAACUGUGGCCAGAAAGACAGCUCUUCCGUGUGGUCUCCAAAAAUUAACCUCUGAACUUCAGUUCUGUCAACUGCAAGAAUGGAGAUAUGUGGUAUUUAGUAAGUUGAAGAUAAGAUGUUAUGUAAAGCAUGUGACUAAGAGGUUAGCAUAUUGAAAACAUUUGAUUUGUAAGAAUCAGCCACAGUGUGUUAGACAGGAGACUUGUAUUACACAAGCACACAGGAUGCAAACCCAGCCCAAAAGGAAAUGGAAGCUCUCAGCCUCCACAUUCUUGAAGAAAGCUUCCAGGAGGUCCUGGAUCCAAGUUCUCUCAAGCUGCUAGCUUGUAUAAGCGCCCACAGGUGCCUGCUGGACUGCUCUGGUGAGGUCUAGAGCCCAUCCUUCUUGUUAGCGGUAAUAUAAAAUGCUGGAAACACACAUGACUCACAUUAUUCUGAGAGACUGGCAUAUUAGCUCCUGUCCCAUCCCCCACCAAAACUCAAAUCAGAAGUUUAUGAAGUGGUGCUUCGUCUGUGUGAUUCAGGACAAACCUGACCCCCUCUGUGUCCAAAGAUGGGUCUCGACCAGUUAGGUUCUGGAUGGAAUGGAGGUGCUCUGGUCCCCCCAGGCCUGGCCUGCUACUGGGACGUCUGCAAGGGAGGAGGGCCGCCAAGGUUGGGAGGAGCUGGGCCCGCCCUGCAUGUCUGAUCAGGUGCUGCCUCCGGAGAGUCCCUGAGAGUCUCUGCCGCCAGCUGCAGCUGUCACCACGAGGGGCCAUCAGCGCCCUCCUUCCAGCCAGCCUGUGCCCAUGGCCUUCCUGACCACCUGGAAGAGGGCAGCAUCCAGGAAAAGAGACCGCAGGUCUCCGGUGAGCAGCCUCCAUGAGGCCCUGGACCAGUGCAUGACAGCCCUGGACCUCUUCCUUACCAACCAGUUCUCAGAAGCACUCAGCUACCUCAAACCCAGAACCAAGGAGAGCAUGUAUCACUCCCUGACGUAUGCCACCAUCCUGGAGAUGCAGGCCAUGAUGACCUUCGACCCCCAGGACAUCCUGCUUGCUGGCAACAUGAUGAAGGAGGCGCAGUCGCUGUGUCAGAGGCACCGAAGGAAGUCCUCUGUGACAGACUCGUUCAGCAGCCUGGUGCACCGUCCCACCAUUGACCAGUUCACAGAAGAGGAGAUCCACGCAGAGGUCUGUUAUGCAGAAUGCCUACUGCAGAGAGCAGCCCUGACCUUCCUGCAGGACGAGAACAUGGUGAGCUUCAUCAAGGGUGGCAUCAAAGUUCGGAACAGCUACCAGACUUACAAGGAACUAGACAGCCUCGUCCAGUCCUCACAAUACUCGAAGGGUGAGAGCCACAGACACUUCGAAGGAGGGGUGAAGCUCGGUGUAGGGGCCUUCAACCUGACGCUGUCCAUGCUUCCCACUAGGAUUCUGAGGCUACUGGAGUUUGUCGGGUUUUCAGGAAACAAGGACUACGGGCUGCUGCAGCUGGAGGAGGGCGCGACCGGGCACAGCUUCCGCGCAGUGCUGUGCGUCAUGCUGUUGCUGUGUUAUCACACCUUCCUCACCUUCGUGCUCGGUACUGGGAAUGUCAACAUCGAGGAGGCAGAGAAGCUGCUGAAGCCCUACCUGAACCGAUACCCCAAGGGCGCCAUCUUCCUGUUCUUUGCUGGGCGGAUUGAAGCUAUCAAAGGAAAUAUUGAUGCUGCUGUCCGGCGGUUUGAAGAGUGCUGUGAGGCUCAGCAGCACUGGAAGCAGUUUCACCACAUGUGCUACUGGGAGCUGAUGUGGUGCUUUACCUACAAGGGUCAGUGGAAAAUGGCCUACUUCUAUGCCGACCUGCUGAGCAAGGAGAACUCCUGGUCCAAGGCCACCUAUAUCUACAUGAAGGCUGCCUACCUCAGCAUGUUUGGGAAGGAAGACUACAAGCCAUUCGGGGACGAUGAAGUGGAGUUGUUCAGGGCUGUGCCAGGCUUGAAGCUCAAGAUUGCUGGGAAAUCUCUACCCACAGAGAAGUUUGCUAUCCGGAAGUCCAGGCGCUACCUCUCCCCCAACCCCAUCUCCUUGCCAAUCCCUGCUCUGGAGAUGAUGUACAUCUGGAACGGCUAUGCUGUGAUUGGGAAGCAGCAGAAGCUCACUGAUGGGAUGCUGGCAGUCAUCACCAAAGCUGAAGAGAUGCUGGCCAUGGGCCCAGAGAAUGAGUACUCAGCAGAUGACGACUGCCUGGUCAAAUUGCUGAAAGGCCUAUGUCUGAAAUACCUGGGCCGAAUCCAAGAGGCAGAGGAGAAUUUCAGGAGCAUUUCUGCAAAUGAAAAGAAAAUUAAAUAUGACCAUUACUUGAUUCCAAAUGCUCUACUGGAGCUGGCCCUGCUAUUUAUGGAGCAAGGCAGAAAUGAAGAGGCCAUCAAACUCCUAGACUCUGCAAAGCAAAACUACAAGAACUACUCCAUGGAGUCAAGGACACAUUUUCGGAUCCAGGCAGCCACACUGCAGGCCAGAUCUUCCCUAGGAGACGGCAGCAGAUCCCCAGUCUCAUCAGUGUCCCUGUAGCUUUCUGCAGCACUCUUGGGCUGGACAGAGCUCCUGGAAACAUUUCAAAAGAUCACCUCCCCUACCCUGCCCUUCCUUGGGGUCCACCUGGUGCUCCAGUGGGAUUGCACAAGAAUGUCUGUGCAGAAGCAAAGACAGCCUUUUUACCAGUGUGGCCAAAGCCUUCACACAUACGGGUACCUGUUUUACACUGUGAUGUUUAAGAGAAUGUAUGAACAGUUUACAUUUCUUUAGAAUACAUUGAUGGGAUUAUAGUUGGUGUUUAAAAAAAACCUACCCCCCCAAAACAAACAAAACCCUCUAACUGCCUGUUAAUCUGUUUACUUCCUGAUCUGGAAGUAAUUUCCCUACUUGUUAUCCAAGGCCAAACUGCUUUUCAAACCUCAGCUUUUGAGGAUAGGAGUUCCUAGCAUCUGAGACUUUGGCUUCAAAGUUCUACAUUGCAAAUUCCAGGACAGCCAGAACUACACAAUGAGACACUGGGUCUAAAAAAAAUAAAACAAAACAAAACAAGUUGCUAACAUUUAAAAUUUGAGUUUUCAUAUAAAUUUGUCUUCUAAUUGAAAAAAAAAAAAGGCAUGAGAAUCAGAAGCUCAAGGCCAGUCUUGGAGUCUGAAGCCAGAUGAGGUGCUUAAUUGAAAGGAAAGUCUUAAGACAACAGGAGGCUACUCUACAACCUGUUAGCUUUCUGUGGCUUGCAGCCCACAUUAUAAUGUCAGUCAAAACAAACACUCUAUCAUGAUCCUUUUUCUCACUUAAAGCUUUUUUUUUUUCUUCAGAACUACACAAAAAAAAAAAAAAAAAAAAAAAAAAAAACCCUUUCUACAGACAAACCCUUUACAAGUAUGUUUUUUUUCUAAAGCCUGGAUACUAUGCCAAGGCAGCACUGGUCACAUCACUAACACAUGGUUGGUAAAACUGCAGCUUACAAGACUGCUUUUGCUUCUCUUUUAAACUGUGUGCUGCUGCUGCCGAUUUCCUGGUGACUUCAUUUAACUAGCCAAUUUUUACCUCAAUUGCCCUGGUUGUAGUCUGGCUAAUGACAGUUCAGUGGAUUAGGCUUCUUGUACUCCACCUGUAGCUUCUGAGAUAGCCUGGAAAGAGGUUUCUUAAUCCUAUCCUAUCCUGUCCUAGGCUCCUUCAUGUCUUGAGUCAUUCUAAGCUCCUCUUCUCUAGUACAGACUUUUACAGCACCUCUUCCCUGUAGGAGACUGGGACAGCUGGGAAGCCCAGAGGGCAAGUGUGCCUCACUGUUCAACAAAUGGACCAGUUGGCAGGGGAGCAGCAACUGUGUCAGAUCUGCAUGGGCCGUUGGCUAUGUUGUCUAGCUCAGACGCUCCCUGGUCUGCAGGGUGGUUGGCAGUAUGCUGGUCCCUAUCAGCUCUCACACAUCUUGGCAGGUUUCCCAAUUUCCUUAUCUCUCAAGUCAGAGCAGGAGUGUUUCCAAGUCAGUUGUUACAUGAACAGCAAAACUAAAAAAAAACUAGGCCCCCAGAAGGCCAACCUCAAGCCAAGGCUUGGCUUAUGUCCAGGUAAGAGAUUCCCAGUAAGAAUGACAUGAGGAGAAGCCUUCAGAAAGUCUCAGCAGGCUGGGACCAUUGAGCAAAGCGAUCAAACCCAUUUAAUUUAGAACUCUUUAAUUCUAAGAUGAUGGGGAACCAACAAUCUCCCGUUUUACUGCAAAUACACAGCCUUCCAGAGUACCUCUUCAACAACCAUUUCCUGAUGUCCUCAUAGCAGGUAAAUGAAAAGGCUGGAUUCUGAAAUCCAAUCAUAGAUGGGUUCCCGUCAGCUUCUGCUUUCCAAAGUUAAAAGGUAUUUUUCUGCUAAGGUUAGCACAGGUAAACCUACAACCAACCAACUUCAUUUGGAAACUUGAAAAUCCAUUCCUAAAUGAGCAACUAUAAUUGUUUCCACUGCAUAAAGGCAGUUGAUAACUAGAGGCAUACAGUUGCCAGUAGACAAGACUGAUAGGCAGAUGGCACAGCUAACACCUUGCAAAUGGCCAGGAUGGGCUGUUUUCCUCCAUAGUAAGGGUCACUUAACAAUUGUAGAUAUCUAGCUGGACAUGCUGACACAUGCCUAAAUUCUCAGUGCUCAAGUAGUACAGGUAGGAAGGUUAGGAAUUUUCUGCUGGGCAGUGUUGGCAUAAUCCCAGCAUUCAGGAGUUCAAGGCUAACCUAGUCUACAGAGUUCCAGGACACCCAGGGCUACACAGAGAAACCCUGCCUUGAAGAAACAAAUGAUAAAACAAUAAAGGAAAUCUGCUACACUGCUACAUACUGAGUUCAAAGUCAGCACGGGCUGAGACCCUGUCUCAACAAAUCAUUGAAACAAAGGGAACACCUAUGUUCUAUGGAAAAAACUAGUAAUAAAUGCUCACAUCUGCUAGUUGUUACCAAACUAGUUGUAAUCCUAAGUGAGGGACUGAAUGUUUUAAAAGAUGUAAAAACACAGGCUAAGCUUGCCUAACAGAUCACAUACCCAUUAUGGAUCACAAAUAUACAACUACUUGAAGCUGAAGCUGAAUUCUAAAGCCCAUUCUCGGCUAAAUUGUUAACUGACUUAAGUUUCAUGGGGAAGAGGUACCCACCAAUUCCACCUUUGAAAAUAUUUGUAACACGUUACAUAAGACAUGGGUCCCUAUUCUGCAUGCUACCAUGGAAUACUGAGAGGAUCUAAAUUCAACAAAACCAACACUUAAAAGUGGGGCUGAGAAGGUGGCUCAUGAGUAAACUUGCUGACAAGCAUGAGGACCUAAACCCAGAUCCCAGUCGUCCAUGUUAAAAAAAAAAGGGGGGGGGAGCAAGCAAGCUAGAUGGAAAAGCGCACCUAGUCCAGCACUGUGGCAACAGAGACCGGUGGAUAUGCACACGCGCGCACACACACACACACACACACACACACACACACACGAUUCCCUAGAGUUGUCUGGGAUGCUGGGAACUCAAGUGCGCCGCCAUGCCCAGUGAAUGCUGGGAACUUGUGAAAGUACAUGCUCUUAACAGCUGAGCUAUCUCUCCAGGCCCCAGUUACAACUGCCUUUAGUCGUGAUGGCUCAUGCCUACAAUCUCAGCAUUUGGGAGACCAAAACACGAUAGAUAGCUCUGGAGUACAAAGCCCAUCUUGGGUUUCAGAACACCAAUUUUUGCUUUUAGAUUUUUGAGACUGGAUCUCACUAUGUAGCAGCUGUGGCUGGCUUCAAACUCAGAUCCUGUGAGAACUCACAUGAAAGUUGUGGGCCAGCAGGCCCAGACUGUUUUACAGAUACAACUACCACCUGCUCAUUGGGCACCCCCUGUUUUAGUUGUUAAAACACACAGGUAAUGCCUGCUAGACUCUUAAAAAAAGGCUCUGGGGGUCCACAAGAUGGUUCAGUUUUUGACACGCAGGCCUGACCACCUGAGUUUGAUCCCUGGGAUCCACAAGUAAAAGAACUAAUUCCAAUAAUUAUUACUCUACAUGCCCGCCAAGUGAUUCAUACUAUUGACAAUGAUAACAAUUAUGUAAAUAAGUCCCAGCAGUUCCCACAGAGGAGGCAGGCUUUGGUAUGACUAAAUUAGGCCAUCUCUAGUGCUGCCAUUAGGGCCACUGGUUUUUGGGUUUGCUCCUGCAUUAGGCGUUCUGUUCAAGUGGCUUCUUUACAUGACAGGAUAUAUGACAGGCACUUCAGGCCUCCUGUCCUAGCAGCAUAAAGGGUUUCUUUUAACCCUAGUCUGCAAAAUGCAGAGUAGGGACAAGUUUGGCCUGGCUCAGCAUCUAUCACUUAGGCAACAAGUUCAAAAGUUUAAGUCUCAGACUAUUAUUAGCAUCUUUUGUGAACUUGUUAAGGACAUUCUCAGAUCUAGAAGCUAUAUGCCAAGAGCCCCAAAGUCUUCCAGAUGAAUCUGAUGCACUCAAGUUCCUGAAGCACUGGUUAGAGACUGGCUCACUAAGAAGGUAGCAAUUCAACCGAUUUGCUGCUGUUCUUCCUCGCUGCCUCUCAGCUCCUUCUGAGACUGGGUCUCCUUGUGCAGUGUUGGCCGGCCUAGAUCCACCUGCCUUUGGUUUCCUUGUGCUUAGCUUCCAACUGUUCAUCAGACCUCCCUCCUCACCAGACAUGGUCAGAUUUCUCUUUUCCUUUACAAAACAAGUAUACUUCUAUGGGAGCUCAUUCUGAUAAGGAAGUAAAGAACAGUCAGAGUAAAAAUAAGUGUGUGCUGUUUAGUUCAGAAGUAGUCAGCCACAGACAAUGUACAGAGGAAAGCUAGAGGGAAGGCACAUAAUGUAAAAAGGUUGAGGCACUUUACAAGGUACAAAAGGCUAGAUGGCAGUCCUAUGAAGACAGCCAUUUCAUCCCAGUUUGGAUUUAUUUUCAGCCAAACAGGAAGCUAUUAAUUUUAAGCUGGAGAAUGACAUCAUUCAAUUGAUUUAUAGCAUUUUAGCUACUAUGUCAAGAAUGGAUUAUCUGGGGUUAAAAAUGGCCAACAUUUGUUUCUGGCUUGUCUAAAACACUACCAAAAUACUGUACCUUCCUCACCAGAACUAGACCUAGAAGAAAUUAAUGCUGUUUCAAUAUGCUAAGUAAACAAUGAUCGCCUGGUUCAUUUGGUAAGAAUUCAUAGUCAUGUAGAAGUAGGGAAUCAACUGUGCAAAGUUAUCCUUGGCCCUUACAUACCUUAUGGCACUACAUGCACCUACACACACACACACACACACACACACACACACACACACAUACACACACACACAGACAGAGCAGGGGGGAGGGUGGGAGGGAGAAAGAGAGAAGGAGAAUGUGUGUGAAAUGCGGAGCAGAGAGCAGGCACAAGGAGAGAAAGUUGCUGAUGUUCCAGACUGAGGACCUAAAGCCAAACUAGAUCCAGAGGAAAUGAAGUUUAAAGAUAUACAAGGAUGCUAUCAUCCUCCAAAUGGAACCUCUUCAACACCCCAGGUUGCUCUUUGACCUUCCUGUAUACACACAUGUAUGUAGCACACACAAAACAAAACUAAAGCAGCGGGGAAGACGACACAGAACACAUGGCAAGAAGCCUAUGUAGCCUUGACUAUGGCGUCAGUCACAAAUAACUGACAAGCCUCCAACACUCUUAAUUGCAAUCAGCUAGGAAACAAAACACAAUGCAUCAAAGCAAACGUUACGUUACAGUAGCUUGGGAAAGGAUUAUCUACCAAUUAUCCCAAACUCUGCUAGUGCGUCAAUAGCUUGAAGAGACUGUAGUAGUUUGAUAAGGCCCCCCGUAAGCUCUCCGAUCAGUUCCCGCUGGCCGCACUGUCAGUAUUUCAUGAGUAGGUUAGGUUACAGCUCACCCCACCUUCCAGCUUUUGCUUUUUGCUUCCUAGGUGCAUGCAGAUGAAAGGUGGAAUCAUUUAGCUUCCUUCAUCUGCUACUGUGACUUCUCUACCACCAUUAUGCAAAUCUAGACUACCUUCUGGAAAUAAGCCCAAAUAAUCUUAACAGACGUGUAAUUACUAGAGAGAAUGUGAAAAAUGUAUUGUCUCUCUGCAAGGGAAGAAGAGUCUGUUACUAAAUUGAGACCCUACACAGAAGUAACUGAGGAUGACCUUAGACUCAGAUACUCUUGAUUUCACCUCCCAAUUGCUGGGAUUACAGGCAUGUACAAAGAAUGAAAAUUCUUUCAGGGAUCAUUUUUGAUACUUCAGGUAAUUAUCAUAUGGGUCAGUGAUUAUAUAUAAUACAAUGAUUGUAUUUUAAACAUAAAUUAGCACCUAUUAAGAGUCAUCUUGAGAGAUAGUUUUAGUUGAGAUGUUAGAACAGGAGCCAUAAACUGAUUCUUUCCCAAACUUAAAGCCAACCUUCCUUGUGUUCAUAAAUUUCAAAACUAAAGGUUAAAAAUUAGUUUGAUUAUUAAUUAUUACAAUGUUAAGAAUGUAUUAAGAUGUAUUUAAAAAUACUCACAAAUGUAUUAAAAAAUACAAAUGCAAAAAAUGUAUAACUCACAGAAGAAUACAGAGACAAAGUAUGAUGCAGAGACUGAAGGAAAGGCCAUCCAGAGACUGCCACACAUAUGGAUCCAUCCCACAUGCAGCCACCAAACCCAGUCAUUAUUGGGGAUGUCAAGAGGUAUAUGCUGACAGGAACCUACCUGAUAAUAGCUGUCUCCUGAGAGGCUCUGCCAAAGCCUGCCAAAUACAGAGGCAGAUGCUUACAACCAACCAUUGGACUGAGUCGCCAAUGGAGGAGUUAGAGAAAGGACUGAAGGAGCUGAGGGGGUUUGCGAUCCCAUAGGAAGAUCCAUAUCAACCAGCCAGACACCCCAGAGCUCCCAGGAAUUAAACCACCAACACAUGGAGGGACCCAUGGCUCCAGCCUCAUAUGUAGCAGAGGAUGGGCCUCCUUGGUCCUGUGAAGGCUCAAUGCCCCAGUGUAGGGGAAUGUCAGGACAGAGUGGGUGGGGGAGCACCCCCAUGGAAGCAUGGAAUGGGAGGAUGGGACAGGGAGUUCCCAUAGGGGAAACCGGGAAGGGGGAUAACAUUUGAAAUGUAGAUAAAGGAAAUAUCCAAUAAAAAAUGAAAAAAAAAUGUUAAAAUACAUUUGCAUGCACAUACAAGCAAAUAACUAAAGAACGAUUGCUGCGAUUGGUACCCAUAAGCCCAGUACUAAGGAAGCCAAUACAGAAGGACUACCAUAAGGUUGCCUGGUCUACACAGCGCACUAGGCCAGCCUGGGUUAUGGAGUAAGAUCCUAUCUCACAGAAUCAGAUGUACAGAUUGUACCUAUGUAACUAGGCUAUUUAUUUGUUGUUGCUGGUACUGGGGCUGAACUCAGGGCCUCUAGUAAGGUAGGAAAGUGACCUGCCACCAAACUUCAUAUCCUCAGCACUUAAUAGUAGCAUCAUUCUAAGUGUUUCUAAGAAACUUACCUUUUGAUCUUUUUUACCACUUUCAGUCAAGACCACAGGUCGCUCUGGUUUAACAAGAUGUUUUUUAAAAUGUUUAACUUCUGUGGCUGGAGAGAUGGCUCAGCAUUGGCUGCUCUCCCAGAGGACUAUGUAAUCCAUUCUCAGAACCCAUAUGACCACUCACAACUGUAACUGACAACUUCUUCAGGCCUUCAUAGGCACCAGGAACAUGAAUGUUGCACAAACAUACAUUCAUGCAGUCAAAAUAUCCAUAUACAUAAAUAAAAUGUAAAAAAAAAGUUUUCAUCCUAAUGAAGGAACUUUUAAUUAAUGUAAAGAACCUCAAUGCCCUCUGUUUUAUGAAAUAAUACAGACACACACAGGGGCAGGGUAAGUCUUCCAAGACCAAUUUAAGAGAUUCCUUGUAUCAAUGUUGUCUUAGGGUUUCCAUUGCUGUGAAGAGACACCAUGACCAAACAACUCUCAUAAACUCUUAUAAAGGACACCAUUUAAUUGGGGCUGGCUCACAGGUUCUGAGGUUCAGUUCAUUAUCAUCAUGGUGGGAAGCAUGGCAGUGUCCAGGCCGGCAUGGCGCUGGAGGAGCUGAGAGUUCUACAUCUUGUUCCAAAGGUAAACAGGAGAAAUCUGGCUCUUACAUGGCUAGGAGGAAGGUCUCAAAGCCCACCCCAACAGUGACACACUUCCUCCAAAGGCCACACCUACUCCAGCAAGGCCACACCUCCUAAUAGUGCCAUUCCCUGGGCCAACCAUAUUCAAACCACCACAAAUGUAAACAUAAUUUAAAGUAUAUCCAAGCAGUUCAAUUUGUAUAAGCUUCUCUUGCACCUUUUCCUUGGUUAGGUUUUCUAAACAUUUCAAAUUCCAGAGCCAUACUGAAACAAAUCUUGCCCAUUUCUAAAUGUUACACCUGCUUUAGGAAACUUUAAAGCUAUUCAGUUUCUAAGUGUGUGCUUAAAUCAUAGGAAAUACAAUGCCAUGAAACUUCCCUACGUUUUAAAAAAUGAUUUGGGAUUAAAGUCUGAUUCCUUAAUAUGUAAAGGCUGCCACUAAGGUGACCUGCUUAUUUUUCUUGACAUACACAGAGAAAAACAGAACAGUAAACACUCUGUGUGUGGUGUGUGUGUGUGUGUGUGUGUGUGUGUGUGUGUGUGUGUGUGUGUAAAAACAACUUAAGUUUAUGCGUGGGUUUUUUUAAAAAAAAGAUUUGAUAUUCUAGGGAACAUGUUAACUCUUAAGUUAACUCUUAACUUUAAGCACUGAUGGCUGUAUUAUAACUUUUAAUAAUUUAGUAGAUGCUAAAAAUUGAUGGUUCUUAACAUAGUUAUGUACAGAAUAAAGUUAAAAGGAAUAGCAAUCACCCAAGAGCACUCAUUUGAGAGUACUUUUCUGAGACAGAAGGGGUCUGUUGUUGUUGUUGUUGCUAGUGGUGGUGGUAUUAUUCUUACCAAAGCCUUCAACAUGACAGACUGGGAAAAGGAUUUUUUACAAAUUUUGAGAACCUAGGAAAAAAGUCUGACUGUAAUACUUGAUGACACAUGUGUAUAAUUAGAAAACAUAAGGAUUAGAAAAGAAUUAUCACUAAAAAUAUGGCACAACUUCAGCUGUUUCCUCCAAAUUUACUUUAUAAUUGGGUGGAUAUAAAUUAAUGAACAGAAAUUAAGCAAGAGAUACGUGACCAUUUAACAGAACCUGAUAAUCUAAUUUCAGUAUUUUCCAAGUUCAUCUUUAAGUAUUUCCAUCAUGGGAUCCACUGGGAAACUAAGCAAGGUUAUGAACACUGAACAGUUAAUCGACUGAAUGUCAAUUAACUAUUUAUGACAAUUUCUUCCAUAACGCAAUUAUGAGGGCCUUCAAGAAGCUUUUGUAUGUAAAAACGUGUUAGUCAAGUACUCAACACAAUAUAAAAGAACAUCAUUUCAUUUGUAAGGUGGAGUGCUUCUGUUCAUCAUUUUUAACUACAAUGUCACUGAGUAGAAGGAACAAAUUACCUCGAGAACAUAAGGAAAAAUAAACACAUGCUAAAUGGAUAAACAUUACAUCUUUACUAGACCAUUUCUACCUCUAAUCCUUCAGACGUGUAGAGAUUUAGAGUGUUCUUACAUUAAUUGCAAGAAAAAGGAGAAGUUCCUUUGAGAUCACAACUAUAAAGUCAUGUGGUUAUACAAAUCCUGCUGCAUUGGUGUGCAAAACAUGAAACACAUUUACCUGUCCUGUCAGUCACUUAGCGAGACUUAACAGAUAUACCUUUCUGUGAAACAGACUAGAUGUGUUUCUGUAACUUCAAUAACCCCAGCACUACAGUAACAAGAGA